CAGGAGAGUACAACCGUUAAGCGACUUGGCUUAGUGGCUGGGACUCUUGGGGGGAAGAGGAUUGGCUUUUCGGGUAAAGAAAGUCUGCACUUCACUGCCCCAAAUUUCAACGAAGCGCGCGGGCGGCGGCGGGGGGUGUUUGGGUGUUUUCCUGGGCCUCUUCCGGGGCCACUGGCGCGUGUGAACUUCUGAGAUUUGAUAACUUAAAGUGCUGGUGCCGACUUUCUAGGACAAGUUGCUUCUCUUUGCAACCUUUCUGUUACUUGGCGGAGGCGGAUGGGGAAUGAGGAAAGACUCAGACUCUCACUCAGACUUUUUUUACUUUAAAGAAUUGGCAAACUCGCGAGUUGAUUCGGUAGCCUAUUUUGAGAUGUAGAUUUUUGCGGUGUAGAUUUUGAGGCUUUGGAGAUAACUGCAUUUGGUCAAAGACCGUUCCGCCUCACUGUUUUAUUGUAAAUACCUAAAUGAUCAAGAAAAUAAAGAUGCGGGGGAGACGCGUGUUGAUCCUUUUCUUUGCUGUUAGAGGGCGGGUGCUGGAGCCAGGAAAAAUGUGGGGAUUCCGGGGAAGCGGGAGAACUUUCCAUACCUGCAAUGUGGUCCUUUGAGAGACUAGGGUCUUAAUCUGUUGGAAAUCGCUUGCCUCCUUCCUCUGCCGCCUCCAAGUUUGGAAUGCUCUGGGUUUUAUAACAUGAAGUGGUAAAAACGGUUUAAUGUUUACAAAUAGCAACUUCUCCGCGGGGUAUUUUAUAAAGCAAGACGUGGGCUAGGUGCAGUUUCAAGCAUUUGUCUGGCUCGCAGCAAGUGCUGGGCGACGCGGUAUAUUUUGGCUGCCUUAUCCCCAUUUGGCGGAUUUUGUAGCUUCUAAAGUUGGAUAUGGACAAUGGAAGGGCUACUUUUUCAGAGUGUUACCGGAAAUUUUAGCAAGCGAUCGGUUGGUGUGUUUACAUAAGGUUUUGUUGUAAUUAAAUAUAUACGUAUAUUGGAGCGGUCUGCCCUGUAUUUGUUGAAGAGUUCCUGGGGUGAAAUGUCGUUUCAGCCUCAUCAUUGUGAACUAUGCUUGUAUGGGAUAAAUUGAUGGCAAGUAAAUGCCUUGCGCGGCGGAGUGAACCUUUACAUAACUUUAAAAAUAGUUUUUAACGUGUAUUUAAUGUCUACAAAAAGUUUUUUAGUGUCUUAAAAAAACAGAUGUCUUCUUGUUCUUAUGUUGUUGGGAUUUUAGGUUUUUAACAUGAAAUAUAAAUGGGUUUCAUUUUAGGUGAACCCAUUUUUUGCAGGAUUUUGAAUUUAAAGAAUGAAAUAAAUUGUGCUUGAUGUAGUAGUGGUGGAUCUCUAAGAAAAUGUUGUAGAAGCUGUGCUCGUGUGCCUUUCGGGAACACGUCAAAGGGAAUUAAAAUUUAUGGUGUACCUGUGAUGAAACGGGCAUGAUGCUGAGUGUUACACAGCCCAGUGAAGGACAUAUUAUUCCAAUUUUACCGGUUAGAAAAUUGGGGCACUGAGAAAAGUUAUAUAUCUGUUUAAAGAGAAAUUGCAAAUUUUGCAGUUCGAAUUUGGAUUCAAGUGUUGCUGUCUAAAGCCCAGUUCUUUGCAUCAUGCCCUGGGCACUGUAAAUAAAAAUGUAACAGUUCUUUUGCAAGAAAGAGCAAUUUGAAUUUGAAUUUAAAUGUUUCUGACAAACCCCAGUUCUUUGCAUCAUGCCUGGCGCUUAAAAGAUGUAACAUUUCUUUUUCAAAAAAGAGUUGUUAUGUCUACAGUGUACAGGUACAAUGUGAAUGUAAAUUGCAUGUUAUGACCCUGAAGGUUCAUUAUCUAUGUGCUUCAUGACUAAUAGCUAUGUUGGGUAGAUGUGUCAAAUAUUCAAAUAAGCAAAUAAAAGCCAACAGGCAUUGUUCUAAGCAUAUGCUGUGUAUUAAUUUGUUUCAUCCUCAUAAGUAUGAGGUUUGUACUGUUAUAUCCAUUAUACAGACUUAAAAAUGGAAACAGAAUUUAAGUUUUCUAAAGUCAUACAGCUAGUAAGUGGAGGAGGUGAGAUCCAUACCCAGGUAUUCUGGCCACAAGCCUAAAGUCUUAAUGCUAUUUGAUGCUUCCUCUCAUGUAACUAGACAGGAGCUACAGUUGCCUUAACCCAUUAAGUCCCAAAUUUUCAGUUCUGUGAAUAUUUCAAUAUAAUUAACACAAGUGUAUUAAAAUAGAUUGGGAACCAUAGGGUGUACAUAGUACUACAUUAAUUACUAUUACAAUUAUAUUCUUAUUGCAUAUUAUAUGCUGUAUUUAAAUUUUAUAGGUGUUCCACAUCUGAAACAAUGGGACAAAAUGGGUUAAAGUAUAAGCAUUCUUGUGGUCAGGAAAACAGUGUCACCUCCAGAUGGAGUCAUUGUUGACAUAGCAUCUUUGCUUUUGGGAAGUGGAACUUGAAUUAAGCCUUGAAGUUGAAUAGAUUCUCCUAGGUGGAGAGACAGCAGGGUAUUGUGGGCAGGGAGCAUGAUAGGAGCCAGAGGCUCAAAUAAUACAAAGUCAGUGUUGAUUUGUAAAUGUGCCACAGAAGUAAAAAUGUCAAGAGCCCUGGGUCAGGCUCAGUGCUAUCUGUGGCCAUAUUUGGCAGCAUUGUAAUUAAUGCAAGUGGGGAAUUGUUUGAAUGCAAGAGCCUAUAAUAGUAGUAGGCCUGCUUUGGCUGCAGAAGGCCAGGUUUUAAAUAUUUUAAGCUUAGAACAAGGGGGCAAAUGGUAAGAGGUGACCUGACAGGUAGUCAGGGUCCAAAUUAUGUAAGGACCUUGUAGGGAGGCACUGGAGGAGCUUGGAUUUUAUUGUAUAUUGUUAUGGAUGGGAUUCCAGGUGGCUUUACUAAUAGAGAAGAAAAGGAGCUUGGAUUUUAUUGUGUAUUGUUAUGGAUGGGAUUCCAGGUGGCUUUACUAAUAGAGAAGAAAAGGAGCUUGGAUUUUAUUGUGUAUUGUUAUGGAUGGGAUUCCAGGUGGUUUUACUAAUAGAGAAGAAAAGGAGCUCGAGUGUGGAGGCAGGCUGCAACCCUUACUAGCUGUGAGACUUAGGUGAAUUACAGUUCUUUCCCUCAGUUUUCUCAUAAGGAAAAUGGUGAUCACAAUAAAACCUACCCCAUACAAUUGUCAGUAGAUUAACAAGAUAGACUACCUAACCAAGAAAAAAAGAAAAUCCAAAUUAAGUUAGAAAUAAUUAAUGAUUUUAAAUUGUGAUUUUAUUAACAAUUCUGAAAUUAUGAUCAAAUUAUCAUCCUCUGGAUAAAAGCAAUUUGUCAAAGAAAAAGUAGAAUAAUUUGAGUGGAUCAGUAAUCAUGGAAGAACUUAGAAAAUGUUAUAAAGUCUGGCACAGAGUUUCUUUAAACUCUUUCAAGCCUUUAAGGCACACCUUUCUGGUGUGAUGUAAACUUUUUCAGAGUGUAGAAAGAAAUGGAAGGCUUCCCAAUUAAUUUUGCAGAGCACUUUUGAUACCAGGAGUUAAUAAUAUACCAGUAUGGGUUCAUUAAUUGUGAGAAAUGUACCUCUUACUAAUGUAAGAGCUUGGACAUGCAGUUUCUAAAUAAAAUACCAACAAAUUGAAUGCUAUUUUCCAUGAUCAGCUGUAUCCCUCACCCAAAGCAUAUUAAGAAAUGUAUUAAUAUGCUACAUUAGUAGAUGAAAGGAGAAAAAGCCAUUGAUGCCAAAAAGUUUCUUGGUUGAAUUAAGCCUUGAAGUUGGAUAGAUUCUCCUGAUGCCAAAAAGUUUCUUGGUUUAAAUUUUCAAAUGUGGAUACUAUUGAUAUUUCUUUGACCCACUGGUUCUACUUCUAGGGAUUUAUUACAUAGAACUACUUGCACCAGCGCAAGACUGUUCUGCAGUGUUCCAUGUAAGAGCAAAUCUUUAGAAGUAACUUGAAUAUCCAUGAACUGGGGACUGGUUAAAUAAAUCAUGACAUAUUUACCAGAUAGCACACUAAGAUGUUAAAGUGACUGUGAUGUAUCUUAAGGUAUUGGUUUGGAGUGACUUCUCCCGGUUUGGAGUGACUUUUGCUGUUUUUUUGAGCUUUCUAUUAAUUGAAACAUAUACUGUGUUCUCUUGCAUUGUCUUCUACUCAAGGUUAUGGUUGUAAAGUUCAUCAUUGCUGAGAGCAAUGGUAGUUGGUUUAUUCUCAUUGCUGUGAAUACAUCAAAGUUUCAUAACUUUAAUUAUUCAGAGCUUAAGUUUGUUUUCUAGUUAGAAAAAAACAGUUUUAAAAAAAAUAAAAUUUGAUGGCAGUUACAUCUCAAAUUGGAUGUGUUUUAUAACUUGGAAUUUUUACACAACAUUAGUCCAACCUGGGAUUUCUAACCUGGGAUUCAUUCUCCCGUCUUCUUCAUCUCCUUUUGGUUUCUCUCCUUUGGGUCUUUGGUCAUUAGUGUCACCACAGUAAAGGGAAGAGGAAACAGGAAGGAGAUGAAAUCUGAAUCUCUUAAUUGUCUUCUCAUUGCUGCUGUGGCUAAGGAUGGUUUAAAGUAAAUUAGCUUUUUUAUUAAUGUACCCCUCCCAGGAGCUGUGAUGCUGGUGCUCAAAUAGAAUUUCUAGUACAUAAUCAGUGUUAUUGUGGUCAGUGUCUUGUUUAGUCUGGAAUUCUAGACUUUUGGCUGUAUUUGACAUCCAUUUACUUAGGUUUAAUCAUAAUUUUAGAGGUAAAGAUUUCUUUAGAGCCGCUCUGAACAGGUUUGCACCUGCUGGUGAGGAGGCAGUGUCUGUAGGGGUCUCUCUCCUCCACACGGUGGCAGUGGUGGGGCCCAAUCCAGAGCUGACUCCUGGUGCUCCUUUUAGAGGCAUGCUGCCUCUCUAGGUCAAGAGCCCUUUUGAUGGGCUGGGGAUAUAGCUCAGUGGGUAGCUUGCAGGCACAAGGCCCUGGGGGUUUGAUCAAAAAAAAAAAAAAAAAAAGGCCUUUUGAACUCCUUUACAAAAGCUGUUAGCAGUCGUGUUCUAUUGUUCGCUUGUUCCCAGUACUCUGGGGACUUUAAGUUGUUAAGCAAUUUGGAAUUGAUUUUUUUUUUUUUGGAUCGGGGGAGGUUCCAGAGAUUGAACUCAGGGGUAUUCAACCACUGAGCCACAUCCGCAGCCCUAUUUUGUAUUUUAUUUAGAGACAGGGUCUCACUGAGUUGCUUAGCAGCUCAAUUUUUGCUGAGGCUGGCUUUGAACUCAUGAUCCUCCUGCCUGAGCCCUCCUGAGCCACUGGGAUCACAGGCGUGUGCCACCGUGCCUGGCUUAACUUUGAUUUUUAUACCUAGUCCUGGGCAGUGUAGCCCUUUCUUGUUUUUUUUUGUUUUUGUUUUUUGUUUUUUGUGGGUUUUUAAAAAACUUCUUCAAAUAGGUGAGUUGAUUUUUGUUUCUUUUUGUUUUCCCACUUUUUUUUGGGGGGGGGGGGACACCAGGGAUUGAACUCAGGGACACUCGACCACUGAGCCACAUCCCCAGCCCUAUUUUGUAUUUUCUUUAGAGACAGGGUCUCACUGAGUUGCUUAGCACCUUGCUUUUGCUGAGGCUGGGCUUUGAACUGGCGAUCCUCCUGCCUCUGCCUCCUGAGCCCCUGGGAUUACUGGCAUGCGCCACUGUGUUGGCCCCAGCCCUUUCAUUUUUAAAGAUUUAUUCUAAGUUGCUAUGGAAGAAUUGUUUUGUUGCUCUUUAAAAUUCAAACAAAACUUAAGUUUGAAGUGCUAUUCUCAGAACAUAUCCACAUUAAAGUUAUUUAGGUAGUAAAUGUAUAAAGUAACUUUUUUAUGCAUUGCUUUUCAGGAGUAGGAGGUUUACCAGUCUUAGGUGACUAAGCAGUUUCACAAAUAAACCCUUCAGCAAGUUUAAAAUUAAUUAGGCUCAACUCGCUGGAAGUGGACCAUCUGCUGAUACACAGAAAUGAUGUCUAAUUUUUCCAGUGAGAUGGAUGUGAUCAAAACACGAAUACCAAUUUACAAAGAGGAAGAUGAUGAUGAUGAUAACAACACUGUUCUUUACGCAUAUGAGCCAAACACUACAUUUUUCAAUAAUCAGGAAAAUGUCCUAUCGGACACAUCCUACAAUGAUGAGGAGCAGAAAACCGUUUUGGAUAUCCUUACCCAUUGUCAGGUUAUAUAUGAUGCUGUCCAAAACCUGGAUAAGAAAUUUGAUGUCAUUAAUGGAAAGUUGUCAAAAAUCCAACGUCUGCGUAAAAAAUCCUUUCGGAACUAUCGCAAGCCACUUGGAUUUGUUUACAAAAAUCAUAAUCACCUGCUUUCUAAAAAAGUUAAAGUCCAAAAAGCAAAAAAGAAGGAACGUCUCAAUUCAUUCUCCUAUCCUGAAAGUUACAGCCCGACUUUACCAGUUCGCAGACCAGAAAAUGAUGACAGCAACAUUGUGAUCUCAUCUUUUCAAUCUGAGGAAUCCCAGGAGAUGGAGCAGGAGUCCCUGAUCAGGGAUCAGGAGUCAUCCCUCAGAGAUAGCCCACCGAUCCCACCACUCUUCUCUGGGCGUUCAUUCCAGACCUACCUCAGAAAUGAUGACAACACACAUGGUCCUUCUAUAGUGUCCUGCUUUGCCAGCCCUGGGGCUUGCAGCACCAGCAGCAUCUCUUCUGCUGGAGUUUCCAUAACAGUAUCCUUAAAUGGAGCCUCCAUGCCAGUAUCUACAAAUGCACUGGCCCAAGGAGAGUCCAAUGCUGAUACGAAGAAUUACCCGGGCUUGCUGGAUAAUACACAUGCUCUGUCAUCUCACCACAUGUCAUCUGGUUUGGCUACAAGUUCACCAGUUCAAUCUGAAUCCAUUGUGAUGAACCAAGACUACCCGGAGAAUCCUUUAACCUGGUCUGUGGGUGAUGUGAUCCUGUUUCUGAACCAUACGGAUCCUCAGAUGUCAGGCCCCCUCUCUGGCCUCAUUGAGCAACAUGAAAUUGAUGGGAAGGCCUUGCUGUUGCUGACCAGUGACACCAUGAUCAAGUAUAUGGGGUUGAAGCUCGGAACCGUCUUGAAACUGUGCCACUACAUCCAAAAGCUUAAAGAAGAAAAAGGCCUCAACAAUUGAAUGUUUGCAGAAGUUUAGAUUAGGUUUACCAGUUCCUUCUUAAAGUCAUUAUUCUGUCCUUAGUAGUUUCUGUUUUGUAGAAGGUUCCUCUAAAAAUAUGUUAUAUCCACAAUUGUAGAAUAAGUCAAUGAUAGGUCAAGUCUACUUAUUUAAAAACCAUUUAACAUUUUAGUAUUAGCACAUUCAAAUUGAAAGUUCAUUCUUUAUGCCUUUUUGUUAUUUUUCAUCAUAUAGUUUACAAAUACACUUCAUGUAGGAAAUAGCAAAAAAAAAACCCUUUGAUUUAUGUGCAUCUUUAUAUUUAGAGCCACAACAGCUUAAGAGGAAAUACAACCUAUAGAAUGAAAUCCAUAAGGGAGAAUUUUUCCUUAAAAGAGAAUCUAUAGACAUCUUCUCUUUCUCAAUUAUUUUGUCUGAUAUGUUUUACCAGUUUCCAGAAAAGAAAUAGCUAUAUAAAGUAUUUUACUCUCUGUUUUUAUCUUUACAUAUUGCACUUGUUAGAUUUAGAGGGGAAAAAUGAGUUUAUAGACUUCUUGAAAUAUUUGUACCAGUUUGGGGAUAAAUUAUAGGAUUGAUAGAAUGGUCAUUUUAUGCAAGAGAUAUUUACUUCUGGAGUAGUGUAGGUGGAGUUACUAUUUUAUUUGUUGAAAUACCUGUUAUUUUAAAGCUUACACAUAUAAAUAGGAAUAAAUUGUCCACAUCUCUCUAUGAAGAUACCUAUAUCCAAGUUUUUAAAAGAAUCCUAUUUUUGUGACAUGUGUUUAUUCCUCAUAUGAGUGCUAUUUCAUACUUUUCUUUUAUUCUGUAUGUGAAGUAUAUACACAAGUAAAUCUUUUUAAAUUUAAAAUGGCAUUUUGUACUGUUUCAGAAGUAAUAAUGAUCCAGUAUUAAUGAGAUGUUUUUAUUCUGUUAUAUAUGCCAUAUUUGCUAUCACUAGUACCUCUCAGCUUAUUCUUCAGGGAAACACAAUCACAAUCAAAAAACUAAUCCUUAGGUUGGUUCCCAUUUAGGGAAGUUCUCUGUCUUGUGUAGUAUUUCUAAUUAUUUUACCUGGUUCUGAGCCAUUUAUCCUGCUAAACUUUGAAUGAUAACAUUAGUUCCAACUUAUUGGUUUGGGCUUAACUUUAUAAUUUUAAAACUUUUAAGAGAAAUAUGUUUAUCAUCAUUAUUCUCUUAUUGUUAAAUUGUUUAACUUUGGUAUAAUAUUUUUAAGCUAUGAGAAUUGGUGCUAAUAAUUGUAUUAGCCACUUGUUAUAAAUGUUAAUAUGCUGGGCAUGGUGGCUCAUGCCUAUAGUCCAAGUUAUUUGGAGGCUGAGAGUGGAGGAUUACAACUUUGAGGACAACCUCAGUCUCUUAGUGAGACCCUCUCUUAAAAUAAAAACAUAAAAAGGGCUGGGGGCCACCCCUGAGUUCAACCUCCAAGGCUACAAAAAUAAAAAUAAAAAAGUAAUUGUUCACCAGGGGCAAGAAUGUACACUUUGUUUUUAGACAACCAGCUGUAUACACAAGUGUAACUCUUUAUUGGGCACAUAUAAUUUAAAGGAUAGCUUUAUCUAUAUUAUUCCAUAUGUGGUAUGAAGCAAAAUUGUAACUUAAACUUGGUCUUCUGUCAAAUUGUUUGUAUGAAGAUGCUGGGCCCAGGUGCUUUAACCUCAGGUGUUUGAAAAAUACUAUGUUUCACUGUUUUUAGAUCUUAAAAUAUAAUAAAGUUGAAUAACUGCAACAAUUAAU